AUCUGCGUCUACUGCCUGCACCACCGUCCGGUGUCCGCUCUGGACCUGUGAGUUUCGAUCCACUCAUUUGACUCCCCGCUCGACGGUGAUUCCCACCGGCUGAGUAGCGUCGUUCGUCGUUGGGUCGCCGCAGCAAGUCAGACAGUAGACUACACCGCACCCCACUUCCCUCUUUUCUAUCCCCUCUCUCUGCCCCUCCUUCCGGGAACGCGGCCGACGAGAACAAACGUACGGAUUGACGGCUGGAGCUGACGGCUAACGGGUCUCGGCUUGGUACAGGUGUAAACCAAUCAUCGAUCGAAUCACGACUAUCCUUCUGCACCUACGAUCCCUCUACGAUAUCCAAGACAUAUCAACAGAACAAACCACCCCAAACGAGAACCGAACAAACAAACCACCACAAUGCCCAAAGACAACCUCUCCAUGAACCCCGCCAUGGCGCAGCGGAAAGCCGAAAAACAAAAGCAGCUCAAAAAGAGCAAAGCCGAGGCCCAAGCCCGCCGCAACGAGAAGCUCGGCCGCCGCAACCCAGACCGCAUCCAGCGCCAAAUCGACGACAUCAAAGCGACGGAAGAAUCGGGCCAGAAACUGCGCCCCCGCGACCAGCAACUCCUCGAGGCGCUGCAGCGCGAUCUGCGAGCCGUCCAGAAAGCCCGCGAGGCGCUAGGCGAGCAGGCUCCUAAGUUCGACGCCGGACGGGGUGGUGGCCGGGGUGGCGGAUCGUUCCGAGGUCGCGGCCGUGGCGACAGCAGCCGCGGCGGUGUCUUGGGAAAGCGAAGGAGAGACGAACACGGGCAGUUCUUCCACGACGACGGCGACAGCAGCUCCACCGACGAAGAAGUACGGCGCAUCCCGAUGCCACACGAUACACCCCCACCCAUCCCUAAAGAAUACCAACGACGACAGGGCAGAAACAACGACAGUGGUGGAGGAGCACAAGGCCCACACGCUCUCCCCUCCAAACCAUCCACAGCCGAACCCCCCAAAACAGUCUACGAAGCCAAGCCCGAGAUCCGCAACCUCCGCCAAGAAGCUACCAAGAUGUUCGUCCCUGCCGCCGUGCGCACAAAGCAGGAUUCUAUCCGUGGACAAGGCAAACUCCUCGAACCGGAGGAAAUGGACAGGUUGGAACAGGCGGGGUAUCAGGCUGGUCCGGCGGAUAAACCUGCCGCAGGAGCAGGGGACAAAGGAGAAGGCGAAACAAAAGGCGAAGAUCAAGAGGGGGAAAAUGAAGAUCAAGAUGAAGUCCAGAGAAGGUUACAGGAAGAGGAAAGGCGGUUUAAUCAGGAGUUGAGGUCUGUGCAGAUUGAGGAGGUGGAGGAUGAGGAGGCUUAACUUGAGUCUUUUCUUCGUGAUGAUUGAUUGAUUGGUUGAUUGCGG